AUGUGGACAGGAUUAUUGGGAAAAAUUGGGAUUUCCUCCAUGUUCUGGCCAGUGGGCGUUCGUUGCACUUUGGAAGCGGGAUGCUGCCCAGUUUGUGGCUUGUCUGACGUCGAAUCAAGUGCUAGUAAGGACUAUCAUUCCCGGCGGGCACUCUGGAAUGACAUUGGCUCGCUGAUUAACGCUGAAGACCAGGUCCUUGUAGGAGGGGACUUCAAUUGUUGUCUGGCUCAAGAGGAAAAGAAGGGUGGACGGUGCUUCACUUACUCGGUGGGGGCUCAAGAAAUGGCGAAUUUCAUGAGCGACAAUGACCUCCAUGAUUUGGGGUUCUCGGGCCCCAAAUUUACGUGGUCUAAUAACAAGAGUGGUAGUAGCAAAAUUUGGGUGCGACUGGAUCGUGUCCAAAUGAACACGGAAGGGCUGCGUCUGGCUCCGCUGGCGACGGUGAAGCACUUAGUCCGUCUCGCCUCUGAUCACUUCCCGCUGCUGUUGUCAUUGAAUUCUUCGACUCGCAGUAGAGGAUCCAAUUGGCUGCUGUUCGAGGACGCUGAGGGCACUGUUCUACUGGAGCCGCAAUCUAAGGAGUUAGGGGAGCUGAAGUCCUCUCUGGAAGCCCGUAUUGCGUGGCUACAGGAGGUUGAGUGCUCGUCGGUCGGUCUGUCGGCGGAACAGGACGGUGAGCUUCGACAUGUCGCGGGUGAGCUGAUUGCCGCAUUGGCAAGGCUUGCGACGUGGUGGAGGCAGAUAGCGAAGACACGGUGGAUUGAGGAGGGGGAUGCCAAUUCACAUUUCUUCCACUCUAAUGCUUCGACUCGUCGGCGCAGCAACACUAUAAGGGAAAUCAAGGAUCAGAAUGGGGAGACCAUCACCGACCAGAAGCUUAUUCGGGAUGAGUUCUGGAGCUUCUUCCUCUUGAAAUGGAAGGAAAGGCAAGUGAGCUUAAAUGACUGGCCGGAAUUUCGAGAGGAUGAAAAGAUCCACCCCCCCCCCCCCAUUCGGUGA